GUGUCUCUCCCCCAUUCCGUCGCCUCGCGCGCAGGUGCCACGUUCCUAACGCGCCGAGAGCUUUAAAGCGCGCGCAUCACGCAGACACCAUGGCGGAGGAUCCGCAGCGCGCGGACGCACAGCAGCACCCGGAGUGUCUGAGCGGACGGAGGGAGACAGAUAAAGACCGCGAGCGAGAGGGACAGGGGGACGGGGGAAGUGGAGAGGAGAGACAAGAGGAAAAAGAGGGACAGGGAUCCGGAGAGACUUUCACCAUGGAGCAUGAGAUGAAGAUCAGCGACGUGGAGGAGAAAGAUCUUCUAGAAAGCAGUCUGCGCCUGAAACCCCACGAGGCUCAAAGUUAUCGGAAGAAAGCAUUGUGGGUAUCAUGGGUGUCCAUCGUGGUGACGCUGAUCCUCGCCAUCGCGGCAUUCACUGUUUCUACGAUGAGAAGCAGCGCCUCUGCGUUCGGCUUUGCUUUUGACGCCACACUAGACGUCCUGAGCUCCAUCAUCGUGGUGUGGCGUUACAGCAACGCAGCGGCCGUGCACUCGGCACACAGAGAGCACAUAGCUUGUGUGGUUUUGGGAGUGGUGUUUGUCCUGUCCGCUCUAACCAUACUGGUUAAGGCCAUCAACGCUCUCGCCAUCAAAGUGCUCCCUGAAGUGGACGACUUCCUCUACAGCGUGUCCGUGCUCAGCGGCCUGGUGUGCACAAUUCUGGCCGUGAUAAAGUGCAUGCUGGGUAAAGUGCUCACCAGCAGGGCACUCAUCACUGAUGGCUUUAACUCAUUUGUGGGCGGAGUUAUGGGUUUCUCCAUCCUCAUCAGCGCUGAAGUGUUUAAGCACAACCCGCAGGUUUGGUAUUUGGAUGGCGCCAUUGGUGUACUGAUUGGACUCACCAUCCUCGCUUAUGGCAUCAAGCUGCUGAUUGACAUGGUCCCCCGAGUGAGACAGACCAGACACUAUGAGCGCUUCGAGUAGGAUCAACAGCGCACAGUGAAGACUGGACUCUAUUUGCAUACACCCACGCACACUUUGAAGAGACUCUUGCUAAGAAGAGAAACACUCACCUUGGCACGCACACUCCCAUACACAUACCCAACAUAUAUAUAUAUACAAUGCAUCACAGAAACCCCUUUCAUCAUUUCCAACAUCACCCCUGCUCUGUGAAGACAGCUUCGAGGAAAACGAGGACGAAGUGGAACAGGAACAACAAAAGUCCUGAAGAUAUGAAACUGGGUCGAAGAAGCGUCCUUCAUGGGUGUGGCAAAUCUACCGCGGCUGAUUUUAAUCUCGUUUCCAAAGGACAUCACUGUAUUAAUAAUACCGAGCUAUUGAGUGUGUGUAUGUGUGUGUUUAUCCUUUGUGAAAAUGACAAAGCGUUUGUUUUGCAGUGAAAAAAAUCUUAUAGACUUCUAACUCGUGACCGGGAGACUGGAGUGUCUGGAGAGAAAUAGAAACGGAAAGAAGAAAGAGAGAGAGAAUGAGAUAUUUUAGCUUGGACACAGUUCUAUAUUUAGCAUUCAUUCAUCUUUAGCAGGAUCCUUGUCUGCACCUCGAGCGACAAACGAAGAAGCAGCUGCCGUGCUGUUACAGUAACUCAAAUUCUAUAUCAUCUGGACAUUUUUCUUCCUUUAAUGUGAUUAAGGGGUGUGGAUUUCUUUGCCAGGAGGAGCGCUACCUCUUUACAAGCCAGUCAGGUGCAAGAUGAUCACAUCCUGCAGAGAGAGAAAAAAAAAAUGGACAGUUACGUAUUAAACGAAAAAAAAAAAUGUGAUUGAACCAACCGGUACAAGAAGCACACUUGUACAAAACGGUCCAAGAGAGUUUACAACAGCACAGAAAGAUUAGCACAAUAUUAUUAAAUCUUAAUAGUGUACAUAACACACUUAUAUAGUUAUAACUACAUUGGUCUAAAGGUCAAAGUUUAAUUUUCAAUUGUUAUGUAUAAUUAUACAAUGUUAAUUAUAGAUUUAUGGGUAGUUGUAGUAGUAGUAGUAG